UUCUAAAGAAUGGUUUUAGCUAAUGGUUCUUUGGUGACUGAAUUCAUUCUCUUGGGAUUAACAGAACAGCCUGACCUCCAAAUUCCCUUGUUAUUACUCUUUCUAGUAAUAUACAUGAUAACUGCAUUGGGGAAUUUAGCUUUGAUUACUUUAAUUUUGUUGAACUCACACCUUCACACACCCAUGUACUUCUUUCUCUUUAAUUUGUCCUGCAUAGACUUCUGUUAUGCUUCUGUGAUUAUGCCCAAAAUGCUGAUGAACUUCACACUAGAGAAGAAUAUCAUCUCCUACAUGGGAUGCAUGACACAGCUAUACUUAUUUUGUUUUUUUGUCAUUUCUGAAUGCUAUGUGCUGACAUCAAUGGCCUAUGAUCGCUAUGUGGCUAUUCGCAAUCCACUCUUGUAUAACAUUGCCUUGUCCCCUAAGGUGUGCUCUUAUCUUAUUCUUGGUUCAUACUUGAUGGGAUUUUCUGGUGCUAUGAUACACACUGGAUGCAUCCUGAGACUGACCUUCUGUGAUGGAAACACCAUCAACCACUAUUUCUGUGAUGUCCUCCCUUUGAUGAAGCUCUCCUGCAGCAGUACCUAUGCCAAUGAGAUUGAACUUUUCAUUGUAACAGGAAAAGACAUCACUGUCCCCACUAUCAUCAUCUUUACUUCCUAUGGUUUCAUCGUCUCCAGCAUCCUCAAAAUCAGGUCAGCUGAGGGCAGGUCCAAAGCCUUCAGCACCUGCAGCUCCCACAUCUUUGCUGUUUCUCUGUUCUUUGGAUCAGGAGCCUUUAUGUAUCUCAAACCCUCAUCAGUGGGAUCCAUGGAUGGGGGAAAAUUCUUUUCCAUCUUUUACACCAUUUUGAUUCCCAUGAUGAAUCCCUUAAUUUAUAGCUUGAGGAACAAAGAUGUUAAAGUUGCCCUGAGAAAAACCCUAAGGAAUAGAAUUUUUUGA